AUGGGGAAAGAGGAACAAAAAACACCCCAAAACAAUACUUCAGUUAGUGAUCUUCCAUCUCUGAAUGGAGAGGCUAAGAAUAUACCAGAGGAAAAGCAGGAUCAGGGGACUGAGAUCACCCUGACCAGCCAGUAUGAGGAGAAGGUGCGACCCUGCAUUGACCUUAUCGACUCUCUGCGGACCCUGGGCAUAGAACAGGAUCUGGCACUGCCCGCCAUUGCUGUCAUUGGGGACCAGAGCUCGGGCAAGAGCUCCGUGCUGGAGGCUCUAUCUGGUGUCGCCCUGCCCAGGGGCAGCGGUAUUGUAACGAGAUGUCCUCUGGUGCUGAGACUGAAAAAACUUAUGUGUGGUGAAGAAUGGAAAGGAAAGAUCACUUACGAGGAUAAUGAGAUUAACAUUUCAGACCCUUUGGAGGUGGAAGAACAAGUAUACAAAGCCCAGAAUAUCAUCGCUGGGCAUGGACUGGGUAUCAGCCACAAACUUAUAAGUCUGGAGAUCAGCUCCCCAAAUGUCCCAGAUCUGACCUUGAUUGACCUUCCUGGUAUAACCAGGGUGGCUGUGGGAAAUCAGCCGGCUGACAUUGGGAAACAGAUAAAGAGGCUCAUCAGAGAAUAUAUCCAGAAGCAGGAAACAAUCAACUUGGUGGUGGUUCCCAGUAAUGUGGACAUUGCAACUACAGAAGCUCUCAGCAUGGCUCAGGAGGUGGACCCUGAGGGAGAUAGGACAAUAGGCAUCUUGACCAAACCUGACCUAGUGGAUAAAGGCACUGAAGACAGGGUGUUGGAUGUGGUAAAGAACAUGGUCUACCAACUGAAGAAGGGCUACAUGAUCGUCAAGUGCCGGGGCCAACAGGACAUCCAGGAAAAGAUGAGCCUGCCUGAAGCUCUGCAGAAGGAGCGGUCCUUCUUUGAGGACCAUGAACAUUUUAGCGGUCUUCUGGAGGAAGGAAAGGCCACCAUUCCUUGUCUGGCAGAAAGACUCACCUCGGAACUCAUCACACACAUCUGUAAAACUCUGCCGUACUUGGAAAACCAGAUAAAAGAGAAACACGAUAUGAUAAUGGAGGAGUUAAAAAAGUAUGGCAUGGGGAUACCCGAGGAGGAUAACGAGAAGAUGAUCUUUCUAAUAGAUAAAAUCAAUAUGUUUAUCCGGGAUAUCUUUGCUUUAGUUCAAGGAGAGGAGUCAGUAGAGAGAGAUGAGACCCGGCUGUUUAACAGCAUACGGCAGCAGUUCAGCAAUUGGAGCAAAAUAACAGAAAAGUAUUUUCAGCAAGGUUAUGAAACCAUGUGUCAGGAAAUCAGGCUGUUUGAAAAUCGGUACCGUGGCCGGGAGCUGCCAGGCUUUGUGAAUUAUCAGACAUUUGAAAAGAUUAUUAAAAGGCAAAUCAAAAAGCUGGAAGAACCUGCUGUGGACUUGCUUCACACUGUAACCGAUUUGAUCCGGAUUGCUUUCACAAAUGCUUUGAAGAAAAAUUUUAAUGAGUAUUUUAAUCUGUACAAAACAGCCAAGUCCAAAAUCGAGGACAUUAAAUUAGAACAAGAGGAGGAAGCCGAGAAGUCCAUCCGACUGCAUUUCAGAAUGGAGCAGAUUGUCUACUGCCAGGAUGGAGUUUAUAGUGACUCGCUGAAGGAGGUCAGGAAGAAGGAAGCAGAGGAAGAGGAGAAAAAAUCAAAGUACUCAAACUAUCAGUCCGAUUCUUCAGAGAACUCCUUCAAGAUGGAAAUCUUUCAGCACGUGCUCGCCUACCAUCAGGAAGUCAAGAAUCGCCUCUCCAACCACAUCCCUCUGAUCAUCCAGUACUUCAUGCUGCAGAUGUACAGCGAACAGCUGCAGAAGAGCAUGCUGCAGCUGUUACAGGAAAAAGACAACUACGGCUGGCUCCUGCAGGAGCAACUUGACACCAAAGACAAGAGGAAGCUCUUGAAGGAACGGCUGGCACGGCUGGCCCAAGCUAAGCGCCGCCUGGCCAAAUUCCCUGGAUAG